GUUUUUUUCUACUUAUAAUUUUUGUUUUUUACUUUGUUCUGCCUCAAAAAGAUAUAAAAUAUUCGGAAAAAAGUGAAAUUUGUAUAGAAACAAGUCUGAUAAAAAUCCAAUUUAACUUCUAACAACUCUAAGUGAAUAUAUAACACACAGAAAAUGAGUGAUUUUUUUAAAUCUGCUAUGGGUUAUUUCAAUAACCCAACAUCAUCAAUCAGUACAUCUAAUCCGAAUAGUGGUGGCUCCUCGAACAGUGGAGCCGUAAAUGCCAACACAUACAAAAGUUCAACAACAGCAGCGAUACAAGACAAUGAAUUUUGUGGCCAAAUCGUGGAGAUAAAUGGUCAUAAGUUACGCAUUAAAAGAGUUAUAGCCGAAGGCGGCUUUGCAUUCGUAUAUGUGGCUGAAGAUAUACAAACGGGCAAAGAAUACGCCCUUAAACGUCUUAUCGGGGCUGAUAAAAAAGCAUGUCAGUCUAUCAUUAAUGAAAUAAAUACACACAAACAGUUAACAGGUCAUCCAAAUAUUGUGGGUUUUGUUUCUGCCACAUUUAUUGAUAAAACUAAUGGACCGCAACAGAGGGCCGAAUAUUUGCUCUUAACUGAAUUGUGUAUAGGUGGCUCUUUAAUCGAUUGUUUGGGUUCUAAUUUGGAUCCACCCUUAAUAUUGAGAAUAUUUUAUCAGGCCACCAAAGCAGUGGCUCAUAUGCAUGCACAAGUUCCAGCCAUUGUGCAUAGAGAUAUAAAAAUUGAAAACUACUUGUUGGGAGACGAUAAAAAAUUAAAAUUGUGCGACUUUGGUUCAGCCACUACCGAAAUUUUUUCACCCACAUUAGAUUGGAAUGCCCAGCAACGUAAUUCUUUAGAAGAUCAGUUGAGCAGUGUUACAACUCCCAUGUAUCGUGCACCUGAAAUGCUUGAUACUUGGUCUAAUUAUGAGGUGGGCCUAAAAGUAGAUGUCUGGUCUUUGGGUUGUAUUUUAUAUGUUUUAUGCUUUCAAAAACAUCCAUUUGAGGAUUCUGCAAAGUUGCGUAUUGUUAAUGGCAAUUUUAUAAUACCAACUGAUUCAAGAUUUAGUUGUUUUCAUGAUGUUAUUAAAGGUUGCUUAAUGGUUAAUCCCGCUCAGCGUUUUAAUGUUUCUACGAUUUUGGAUCGUUUGGCUGCCAUAGCGGAAACUAUGAAUUGGUCUUUAAAGGGACCUUUAGAUUUGGCUGGCAAACCAAUUAUUACUACCACACCAGAACACUCAUAUGCACCAAUUAAUCCACCUUCGGCUGCAAUGUCCACUAAUCCGCGUACAACCGCUGGUAAUUCUACAUUUUAUGAUGAUCCAUCUUCAACCACCACCAAUCGUUCGCAAUCACAUUCGCCUCAUUCUCAUGCUACUUCUGCUUCCACUCAAAGUUCCUCAGCAAAUGCUUCGGCUGCUAAUGGUAGUUUAUUCUCAUCAUUGCGAGGUGGAGCUGGUAGUUUUUUGAAAAAUCUUAAAGAUACUUCCUCAAAAGUAAUGCAAACCAUGCAACAAUCAAUAGCUCGUACAGAUUUAGACAUCAGUUAUAUCACAUCACGCGUGUUAGUUAUGCCCUGUCCGUCGGAGGGUUUCGAGUCGGCCUAUAAAACAAACAAUAUUGAAGAUGUGCGUUUGUCGAUAGAGAGUCGCUUCCCACCACAAAAAGUUAGUGUCUAUAAUUUUGGGCCUCGUUCCUGCCCACGCUUGUCUCCGCCUGUGCGCACUGUAGAGGCCGGUAGCAUAUAUGGUUGUUCGUUGGCAAGGGCACCAAAUUUACAGGGUCUCUUCUCUGUGGCUGAGGAUAUGUAUGGUUUUCUAACAGCUGAUCCCAAAUCUAUUGUCAUUAUACAGACAGGAGACGCUGGUGGUUGUACAGCUGCUACUCUGGUAUGCGCACUAUUAAUGUAUUCCGAUCUCAUAUUGGAGCCAGAAGAUGCUGUACAAGUUUUUGCCGUCAAAAGGCAUCCGGUUAAUUUAAGACCUUCCGAAUUCCGUUGUCUCUACUAUUUGGGUGAUAUACUACGUCCCACUCCCCUACUGCCGCAUUAUAAAAAUAUUAAUUUGGUAUCAAUCAGUUGUCAACCAGUACCUCGCAUGACAAAAACCAGAGAUGGUUGUCGCAUGUAUAUGGAAGUCUACAACAAUGAACGUCUGCUAAUGUCAACCAUGCAGGAUUAUGAAAAAAUGCGUUUAUACAUGGCUGGACCAGGAAAAAUCACAUUACCCAUUAACUUAACUGUUUGUGGAGAUCUUGUCGUGAUUUUGUAUCAUGCUCGCAAGGGAAUGGUUCGGCCUCAGGGUGUAAAAAUUUGUCAAUUUCAAUUGCAUACUGGUUUCAUACCAGAACCGGAGACAUUAAUUACUUUCUGCACCCAAGAUUUGGAUGAUUUGCCAGAUCCUGAAUGUGUACCAGCUAACUUUACCGUGUCUUUGUCGUUGUCAGUUACCGAACUGGAGACACCACCUGGUCGUAAUCCACCUUGGAUGCCCACAAAACCCAGACGUAAUGCUUUUAACUUAUUUAGUUCUCAAUUGGAAUAUGAAGAAAUGAUUGAUAAUUUUGUGGCCAAACCCACUUCCAAUGCAUCUCCAGCUCCUCUAAGGCAAGCGCCCGCUGUACCACAACCACUGGCAAAAGACAAGCCCACAACUCCCCCACUCAUGCCAGAUAUAACGGAAAUGGCAACCGAAGCUUUUCAUAUACCACCAGAACCGACUCCCCCCAUUGAUUUGUUAAACUUAAACCAACCUUCGAGUCAACAGCAACCAUCCCAUGAUCCACAGGCGUCUGCAAUGCCCACAACCGAUGCUAGUUUCGAUUUGUUGGGUGCUUUUGGUGAUGAUGAUUCUUCGGGUAUUGGCACAGCACCCAUACCCGAUAUUCUGGCCAAUAAUGCACAACCAAAGUCUGCUGCUGAUUUAGAUGAUAUCUUUGGUCCAUUGAAUUCCAAUACAACGCCUUCCUUUAAUUUAGAUUUUAAUGCAUUUGCCACGCCGACACCUCAAGCCACACCAUUUUCAAACACAAAAGUCACAACGGGUGCUUCAACUUCGACUUCGUUUGGUGCGCUGCCCACAUUUACAACACAAACAGCUAGUAAAGAACCUUCGCCGCAACAGUCCAAAGACCCCUUUGCUGAUAUUGCCAAUUUAGCCACAGGUUUAAAUAUAAACUUUACUCCAAAUCCAACAUUAGGCGGCAAGUCAGCCGGCCACACGCCAGUUGGCAGCAGUCCGUUUACCACACAAUUUUCAAGUCCGACGCAUAAUCAGACUGCAACUAACAAUAUGCGUGUUCCUCCAGCACCAACACAUACUUCAAAUACAACGUCUCCAAAUCACAUGAAAUCUCCAAAUAAUUCAUCAACAUUUGGCAUGCCUUUCACUGCAACACAAAACUCUACACCAUUUGCUGGUACAGCAACAACUGGACCAGCAAAUGCAACUAAUACAACGCAAAAUCGUCCUGAUUACAGUCGUUCCCACUUUGAGCCACCCAAGGGGGCAUCAUUUUCCAAUACACAACAACAAGGAAAAAGUUCGGAUAUAUUUGCUGAUAUUUUGGGAGAACAAGGCUAUAAGUUCACCAGCAAAGGCAAUCAAGGACCACGGUCCAUAAAUGAAAUGCGCAAAGAGGAUUUAAUUAAAGAUAUGGAUCCAAAGAAAGUUAUAAUCAUGGAAUGGACGGAGGGCAAAAAGAAUAAUAUACGUGCUUUAUUAUGUUCUAUGCAUACUGUGCUAUGGUCGGAUGCCAAAUGGUCAAAAUGUGAAAUGUCUCAGUUAAUAACACCAACCGAUGUUAAGAAAGCGUAUAGGAAAGCUUGUCUAGCUGUUCAUCCAGAUAAACACAAUGGUACUGAUAAUGAAGAAAUUGCUAAAAUGAUCUUUAUGGAACUUAAUAACGCUUGGACUGAUUUUGAAAAUGAUGCCACUCAACAGAAUAUGUUCAAUUAAUUAUAUAAAACAACUUUAAAUCAAAUAUUAAAUCUUUAUUUUUUUCAUUUUAAAUAUUAAUAUCGAAACAAACAAAACAAGAAUGUAAUAUACAUACACUCCCCUGAUGAUUAUUCAAAAAAUAUUCUCUGAUAAGUAAAAUAAAAAAUAUAUAUAAAUAUAUUGCUACUAUUAAUGCUUUAAGCUAAUAAUAUUAAACACACUCCUCUUAGGACUUUAUUUACUUAAUUUUUAUAUUAUUGAAAUAUUUUAAUAGAAAAAUAUAAAUUUAUUAAAAAAGAGUUCUUUAUGUAGAUGAAAUUAAACAAACUCAAUAUUCUUACUUUUAAAUUACUUUUUUUAAAAAACUUUCUUCUUUAUGUUAGCAACAAAUGAAAAGAUGUAUGAAAAAGUAUUAAAUAAAUAAAAAUCACAUAAAUAUUUAAAAAUUUAUUUUAAAAUAAAUUAUAAGAAGAAACAUUACAUAGUUAUUAAGUUUUUAUUGUAAAAGAAAUAAAUUGUAGUUAAAUUUUGUAAAAGUUUAACACACAUACAAUUAAAUUAAAAAUACAGAAAAUAUUAAAACAAAUUUACUCAAAAAUAUUCAAAAAGAAACCAAUUUAUUAAUUUUUUUUGUUUACAAAACAUCUACAAUAAAAUUCAUUCCAAAACUAAA